GGCCGAACAAUAAACAAACAAGAAAUGGCGGAUCUACUUGAACCAGACUUUGGGACAGCAAUUUACAGAUCAAACGAUAACAUACAGAACCUGAAAAUAAGGGUGGUCAUCAAGAAAGUCACGUCUUCUACCGCCUUGCCGCAGUCCAUCUUUGGUAAGCAUGCAGCUGGUGGCGGUGCCGGAAUGGAGUUGGCAGAUUUACGACUGAAACACAGUCUAUCUUCGCAGCCACAGGAUAGUGACGAGUACAUCUUCGGCUAUCAGGAAAAGCUAUUUAGCCAGAGAGAAUGGGAUCUGUACAGUAGUCUGGGCAACUGUCAAACAGUCCUGGAGAAGAAAUAUCAUGAGGAGGUGAAACACACAAGGACUCGACCUACAACGCGCCUGUUCAGCUACGUAGACCAUGACACGUUCACAAACAUCGAUGAGCGCGCGCAGCGGAUGACGACGUCGGCCGCGGAGGUUCCCACCUUCCUCGCGGAGAGGAUGACCACCGUGAGACGCAGGAGAACCCGCCCAGCGAGGACGGCAGACGGUGAAGAGGCGGUGGUGCCAAAGAUCAACAUCGUCAACUUGAACCCCACCCCAGAGAAGAUGAGCAACUCCCACAUCCUCACCACGCCCGUCCAGACGAUGUACAUCAUGGCAGACCUGUCGCCCAAACACAGGGAACAGAAGUUGAGCUCGGACGAGUACGUUCUGUGCACGAUCAAGGUUGAUGCACACGGCGUGAUCACGACGAAACCAGACUUCAAUCGUGGACAGAAGCCGUACACCGUGGAAACGGAUGGACUCGGGAAAGAGGUUUUCGAGUACUGGAUCGAGAGCGUGUCGCAGCAGAUGAGCUGUCGGGAGCGGGACGGCGAAACGAAGAUGUACCGCGAGCUCUACGCGAGACACGCUGACUUCCUCGCAGCCUGCGUAGGCACCGAGUUCGAGAUGGUGACAUGGCGAACUAGAGGUGACCAGCAGCUGUCAUGGGUGACACAGACUUGUUCUACUGCCGUUCAUGGCCGGGACAAUGUUGCCCACUUUUCAUUUCCAUUCGAGUUCGAACUUUUCUACAAAAAGGAAACCAUUGAAGAUGAGAAGGGCACUGAUGAAAUGAUGCGAUGGCCGCAGCUGUACAUCGAGGUGCUAUCACUGGAUUCCUGGCAUCGAUACCGAACAGAAGGCUAUGGCUAUAUAACUCUACCAACCAGCCCAGGCUGUCGCAUGGAAACCCUGAACACAUGGAGACCUGUAGGUCACUCUAUACGGGAUGAGCUGAGGCGAUUCUUUGUUGGCGGUUCGCCAGAACUCGAAGAUCCCACGUAUGUGAGCGUGCCGUCCACGUUCGAGGGCGCUCAUCUAAGUAAGUUUGGCUUCAAGACGGAAUCGACCGGCAGUGUGACAAUCAGGAUCAACACAAUUCAACAGUCCAGAUCAUUCCUCGAUACAGCAGCGAGCAAGAAGAAACUUGCUUCUUUAGUUGACAGACUAGGAGGUGGAGCCAUGCAGCAGGGGCUAGCAGCUGUUCUUGAGUCAUUCCAGAAAGCCAGGCAGAGGAUGCUCGUUGCUAGGCAACGGGCGUACGCGACGGGGGCUGCGAGUCAGGUCGAGGAAUCUGAGGCGUGAGCGUGACGAGCGUAGGACGUCGUCGUCGUCGUCGUCGUCGUGGCAACCUCAUCGUCUGUCGCGCCCUCCUCAUGAAGAAACUGCAGCCGACGGAGCGAGCGCUAAACCUGCGUCGUUAGCGAUGCCAGGAGCCAGCCACCAGCAACACCGCGCGUGGCGUGAGGUAUUCGUGCCGAGCGGUGACUGCGACUGUUUGCGUCGGGAGGUGACCGGGGCACGGGGGGUAGCAGGCUCGCGCCAGGGUGACCUUUAACCCUCCCCCCGGUGAGUAAAUCUUUGGGUUUGCGAAUCUCGGAGUCGCGCGUGAAAGUCACGAUUGUCGCGCGCGACGAAUUUGUAUAGCGAUAACCGACUAAAUAAAUUAUUUCUUUUCUAGACUUUUGGAA